ACAAUGGGUGUCUGCGUGGACUAAAUCACGAACAAGGUGAUUGUCAAAGUAUCCAAAUCAAAUGUUAUUUAUUAUGGCUGUUGUUAUAUCUUCUAUAUAUGUUAGCGAUGGCGCUGUCGUAUGAGGUUCAGAGCAGUUAUUUGACACCAUUACCUUUAAAAGUAUUUUCAUUAUCAAUCGCUCUUAACUCCAAAGACGGAUACAAUAUUCGCAAAUAUGCCUCCCCACUUAGGAUCAAUUACUGGGGCCGAAAUUCGAGCAGCCGGUGAGGGUUUAGGGAAGGGCGUCUUCGCCAUCGACGACUUACCAAAAGGGACUAUCAUCAUUCGUGAGUCCUCGAAUAUGAAAAUCAAGCUAGACGCUUUGAACAACAGCUGGGAAUUUUGCAAGGCCUACCACGCUUUAAGUGAAAAACAGGCGUGGCAGCUAAAUAAUUUGCACUGUGAUUCGUCAAAAUUAGCAGACAGAUUACUACUCAUCGCCGAAUACGAAAGAUGGUGCUUGGAUCGGACGCCGGGAGUACCGGAGGACCGACGGGAGUUCAUGACGUGGGUAAGGCAUCUAGUAAAAGCGCAUGCAAUCUACCUCACGAACUGUGCGAUUACCCCGGAUGAGCAUGCUGCAGUAUUUAACAAGUUUUGCCGCAUCAACCAUAGUUGCGUUCCGAAUACCCACUGGUUCAUUACGGAAAAACGAGGAAAAUACAUCCUAGAAGUCAAAGCGAAUAGGGAUAUUAGUUUUGGCGAGCAAAUAUUCGUUUCGUACAUUAGCCCUAUGGAGAAAUUACCUGAGAGACGACGUGCUCUCGACAACUGGGGAUUUACGUGUAACUGCGCUCUAUGCCAUGCGCAGGCUAGCGGCGACAGACGACUUGCCGAUGUGGUCUGGCAUUACCAGAAGAGCAUCGAUAAUGGGACGGAUUUCAGAUACUAUACUCCGUGGAACCGACCCUAUUCUCAAGGUGAGUAAAGCGAAGCUAAGGGGUAUGGUUCUAACUAGGUACAAUACAGAUUACCUUAGUAAGAUAAGUAUAUGAACCAUGAACUUGCUUGUCAAAACACAAUACAUUUGAGGGGCGAUGCUAAUUAGUCGAUAGUCUCAUCUUGAUAUUGACUCGGAGGCAUCUGGCGAGUGUUUAUAUGUUUUCAGUUUAGUGUGUACUUGUUUCUCUUUGCGUACUUAUAAAAGAGCAGAAGUCGUAAAGAUUAAAACUCACUAGAAUUUAGUC